GAUUCACGUAAUCAUUCUUGAAAACAAUGUGCAAGGGCAAACUUUCGCAGUCAAGCCAUCCUGUUAAUGCCCUCAGCUGCUCAGAGGAUCCAAGAAGCUACAGAUAUGUCUACUGAGCUUCCUGGAACAACAGUGGUUACAGAAAUGGACACUUUCACAGUUUCUCAAACAAGCAAUUCCACUUGUGAUUUAUACGAGCACAAAGAUACCGCACGGAUACUACUGUCUGUCUUCUACAGCUCCAUCUUAAUUCUUGGGGUGCUUGGAAAUGCCAUUGCCCUCACUGUCAUUUUUAAAAACAGAAAGAAGAUCAACUCUACAACCCUCUAUUCAACAAACCUCGUCUUCUCUGAUCUCCUGUUCUGUAUUGCCUUGCCCACAAGGAUAGCCUACUAUGCCCUGGGAUUUCACUGGCCAUUUGGAGAAGCAUUAUGUCGAAUAACUGCUCUCUUGUUCUAUGUCAACACCUAUGCAGGUGUAAACUUUAUGACAUGUUUGAGCAUUGACAGAUUUUUUGCUGUUGUCCACCCCUUCCGAUACAAGAUCAGAAGGAUUAAAUAUGCCAAGGGCAUUUGUGUCUUUAUCUGGUUUCUUGUAUUUAGUCAAACUUUCCCAUUACUGAUACAACCCAUGUCACAGGAAGAAAAAGAAAGGACUACAUGUAUGGAAUAUCCAAACUUUGAAAAAAUAGCACAUCUACCAUUUAUACUUCUUGCUGCCUGUUUAGUAGGGUACCUUAUUCCCCUGGGGAUUAUACUAUUUUGUUACUCUCAGAUUAGCUGCAAACUGUUUCAAACAGCCAAGGAAAAUCCAUUGACGGAAAAAUCAGGGAUAAACAAAAAAGCCAUCAAUACAAUCAUAUUUGUAAUUAUAGUGUUCAUCAUCUGCUUUACCCCUUAUCAUGUAGCAAUCAUACAACACAUGAUUAAGAAGCUUCAGAAAGACCCCUCAUGCACUGAAAAUAAAAUUUUCCAGAAGUCACUCCAUUAUACUGUGUUUCUGAUGAAUUUUAACUGCUGCCUAGAUCCUUUCAUCUAUUUCUUUGCAUGCAAAGGCUACAAGAGAACUGUACUGAAAAUUCUGAGACGACAAGUAAGUGUGUCAAUUUCAAGUGCCGUCAGGUCACACCACGAAGAAAGCUCACGUGACAUGGGAGAAACACAAAUGAUGGUACUUGCAAAAUCUUCCAAUGGAAAGCUACCUGAAAAAUAAAGUCUGUACUGCAGUGGAGCAAAACCAGGGUAAACCCCACUGUAAAAACUGUUAGUGCUCCCUGUACAGCAGCUUAAGUAAGAUUCUGUUUCGCAGGAUGUCAGGAAAUCAAGGAGUGACGCUGGACUGAGAAAGAAUUGUCACAGGACAGCAGGGAAACUCAGCAUUAUAAUUUCCUAGCUGUAUCAUUUUGACUGAUCUCAUAUUUUUCCAGGAAUUAUGCACUCCUGUGAAUGUUCGAAUUCCAUACUGCACACAUGUAUGCCUGGAUGUUACUAACUCAAGCAAAGACUCAAUUCACACUUUGGAUGUCUGAGAAUGGUUUAAACACAAAUAGGUUACAAUUCAGACUGACUACAACCAGAUCACCUGAAAAUUGCAAGAGCUCUACCUGAGCUCCACUUACAGCAGUGGUUUUGUUAUCCAAGUCACAUAACCAAAGGAAACCAAACUGAGAUAAAAUGGACAAUUUCUGUGUAUGUUUGACAAUCAAAAAUGCUUAAUUUGGAGGUGACACUGAUCUUCUAGUAUUUGGAGCACUGUCUUACUGAACAAUUCACAUAGAUAACAUUGUCAGAUGUAAUACAUGAAAAAUUAAUGAGCUGUUUGGUUUUCUCCAGCACUGAAUAUUUCCCAUAUGUUAAAUCAUUCAUCUUUGCAAGGUGUAUUAUCUCUUUACUCAUUUUCCUUAAGGAGAACAUUUCUUUUAGAGUGUAUUAUAAAAAGUCUCCACUCUGGUUGUAUAUAAGUUAUUUAUAAACACAAAAGAUAAGUUGAAACAAGAGACUGUACUAUGAAAAAUGUGCUGUUUCAGUUAAAAGAGCAGUGAUACAGGGUUCUUCAGAACUUCUACUCAAGUCAGACAAGGACACAACACAAACACUUUAGAAAGAGAAAUAAAUGUUCAGUUGAAGCCAACGAAAACUAAAUGAAUGUGUUAACUCUGAUGAUGUGAGAUGGGCACCUCUCAAUAAAAGAGAACAGCAGGGACUAGCUGGGAAAGAACAAGCUUUCUCAUCACGCCUUCAUACAGCAUAUCUGGGAUCCCUUUGGGCACACUGAAACUGGACCAAGAAAGACAUCAAAUGACUUAAACAUAUCCUGCUGGAAUAGGAAUACCAGUUGAGUAUCCAGGAUGCAAGCCCUGGGUUCCUGCUGUUGUGCCCUUCCGUCACGUCUCCGUUUCCUUCCCUACUUUAUUGCUGGCCUUCUGCCUUUUCUUUUGAUUCCUAUCUUUAUUUAAUACGCCUUCACCUGCCAACUCAACUUGGUAAUUGUGCCGUGAGGUUGUGAUGGAAAAGGAAAAUUAAACAGUGCCUGUUAAUUACUGGUAAAAGCUCUGCCAGAUAUCAGAAUAAAUGUUAUUUAUUGCAGCUGUAUUUCUCUGGCAUUGAGGCUGUACUGGAAGUCAAAUGAACAUAGUUGCAUUUGUCAUCUUUGUGACUCCUUCCUUCCUCAUGUGUUGACCUACAAACGUGGAAGAGUCACAUCUGAACAGCAGUAAGGAAACAUUCAAUUAACAAUUACUUUCUUAUGGGAAAGAAAAUGCAGAAGACCCUAUAUUUCAUGCCACUUUGUCAAAAUUGAGUUUCUAGUUACAAAAGACACUAUGCAGCUACAGGAAAACAAUUUUUAACAGGAGUUAAUUCUGUAUGCUAUAUCAGUUCUGUUCUUGUCAGCUUUUUUAAUAAACUAUUUUUAAAUAUUAUUUAAGAAUUUGCUCCUAUCAGACUAAGCAAAUAAUAACCUGAUAAAGCCACAGAUAGAUCAUUCAUGAAUACCUA